UCUUUCUAGCUUCUAUCUUCUCUUCACAAUCAAUAUGGCUACUUCUUUUCAUCCUCAAAUACUCUAUCUCAUUCCAUUUCUUGUUCUUGUUUUCAUUCCAUCAUCAUUUCCAAGAAACAUUAAUAAUCCUUAUUCAUUUCAUCAUUCAAAAUCUUUGAAAAAAACAGGCCAUCAACUUAUCAAAGACCUCAACUUGCAUCCAAAACUUGAUAUUAAUAUAGCCAAGUCCUACAACCAUACUUCAUCUCUUGAUCAAGAACUAAAGGUUACACGAGGAGGGAUCGUUGAAAAACGGUUGUCUUUAUCGGUUCUUGGUGACUCGGGUGCCACAGUUCAUGAUCUUGCCCAACAUGCUGGAUAUUAUCGUAUUGAACAUACGGUUGAUGCCCGGAUGUUCUAUUUUUUCUUUGAAUCAAGAAAGGCCAAAAGUGAUCCAGUAGUCAUAUGGCUUACUGGAGGACCAGGAUGCAGCAGUGAAUUGGCUCUCUUUUAUGAAAAUGGUCCUUUUAAACUUACCAACAACUUGUCUCUUGUUUGGAAUGACUAUGGUUGGGAUAAGGUUUCAAACUUGAUAUAUGUUGAUCAACCCACAGGAACUGGAUUCAGUUAUAGUUCUAGCGACCAAGACACCCGCCACGAUGAAACUGGAGUCAGCAAUGAUCUCUACUUCUUUUUGCAGGCAUUUUUUAAGGCGCAUCCUGAUUAUGUAAACAAUGACUUCUACAUCACCGGGGAAUCAUAUGCCGGGCACUACAUUCCAGCUUUUGCUUCUCGAGUUAACCAAGGAAAUCAGAAAAAAGAAGGCAUUCAUAUAAACUUGAAGGGUUUUGGAAUUGGAAAUGGGCUUACCGAUCCUGCGAUACAGUAUAAAGCUUACACUGAUUAUGCUUUAGCUAACAGCUUGAUAUCACAAUCAGAUUACUCUCAAAUAAACCAACAAAUCCCAGAUUGUGAAGCGGCAAUCAAAGAAUGUGGUACAACAGGUACAACCUCAUGUGAAAUGGCGCUGGCAAUAUGUGAGCAAAUUUUCGAGGAUAUCCUGGAUAUCGCAGGAAAUAUAAAUUAUUAUGAUAUUAGAAUACCAUGCAAGGGAUCUUUGUGCUAUGAUUUCUCAAACAUGGAAAACUUUCUAAGUGAAUCAUCGGUGAAAACAGCUUUAGGUGUUCCAAGCGACAUAGAUUUUGUUUCGUGUAGUAGAUCAGUGUAUGACGCCAUGCUUGAUGAUUGGAUGAGAGAUCUUGAGGUCGGGAUUCCGGCACUUUUGGAGCAAGGAAUUGAGAUGCUCAUAUAUGCGGGAGAAUAUGAUCUUAUUUGCAAUUGGAUUGGGAAUUAUAAUUGGGUCAAUGCAAUGUCAUGGUCUGGUCAGAACCAGUUUGUGGCAGCUUCGAACGUUUCAUUUGUAGUAGGUGGAAAAGAAGCCGGAAUUAUGAAGAGUCAUGGGCCACUUACAUUUCUUAAGGUUCAUAAUGCUGGACAUAUGGUUCCUAUGGAUCAACCGAUUGCUGCAUUACAGAUGCUACAGCUUUGGACAACAGGCAAACUUACUCAAAACAAAAAUGGAAAGACUAUUCUUCCAUGAUCAUAGAGAAUGACAGUAAAGUUUUAAACAUGUAACUGUUCAAAGUAUUUGAUGUUUUAAUGCAUAUUGUUACUUUUAAAGAAAGAUUUACUUGUAAGUAAACAUCAAUUUGCCAA